ACGGCAACGCUUCUUUUCAAUCAACAUUUCUUCCUCAUCCUCUCUUAACCAUUUUAGCUGUAAGACUAACAUCUCUCUUCUUAGAUUCUAUUUCGUCUCUUCAUCAGUUUUUCUUUGAAAUAUUGGAAACUGCAACAAUCUUUAUUGAAUCAAGUCUUCCUCAUCUUCACCACCCUUUUUGUAAGUGGAUUUGGUGUGUCAAGGAGCAAGAACUAAAAAACCAAGUUAAGAAGAAAGAAAAUGUCGGGUGUGUCUCUAGCAGCGUCUCGUCCAGCAGCAUCAUCAGUGGCAGAACAAAAGGUGCCACCAGCGGGCACAAAGGCUAAAGCUCGAGCAGAAGAGGCACCACUCGGUGGCAUGAUGGGUUCACUUCGCGUGAUAGAGCUCCAGCUCGUGGCCUUCAUAUUAGUGUUCUCAGCAAGUGGUCUUGUCCCACUCCUUGACCUAGUUUUCCCUGCACUUGCUUCUGCAUACAUCUUGGCACUUGCACGCUUCGCAUUUCCUUCAACAUCUUCUUCUUCGGGUUCACCUGAGAUCUUCAGAGGAAGCAGAAUGUUCCGCAUGUACGUUGUUGUUGGGACCACUGUGGGGCUGUUCUUGCCUCUGGCUUACGUGCUUGGAGGGUUUGCGAGAGGGGAUGAGCAUGCAGUGCGUUCAGCUACUCCUCAUUUGUUUUUGCUGGCGUUUCAGAUAUUGACUGAGAACAUCAUUGCUGGGUUGUCUUUGUUUUCGCCACCAGUGAGGGCGUUGGUUCCAAUGAUGUAUACGGUUAGGAGGAUCUUUGUGGAUAUUGAUUGGACUCGGGAUGUGUGGCUCAACAAGACUUUGCCUGCUAAUGCCAGCUUUCAGGAGUCGGCAUGGUUUUGGUUCGGGAAGGGUCUGGCAGUGGCUAAUUUGGUUUAUUUCUCUAGCAAUCUAUUUGGGUUCUUGAUACCCAGGUUCCUUCCAAGAGCUUUUGAGAGAUAUUUCCAAGAGAAAGGAGAGAUCCAUGCUAAGUCAGCAGAGGAUAAGCGAUCUGUGUUACUCAACAAAUCUCAAUUACCAGAAAAGAAGACAGAUUAAUUAUGACCUAUAGCCAAUUUUACUUUACUUGCAACUUUUAACACAAGCAUUUUUUUUCCCUUAGAAAUGAAUGUGUAUGAUGGUCAUGUGUGAGCCUAGCCUGGACUUAAAAAUGAAUGUGUAGGAUGAUCAUGUGUGAGCCUAGCCUGGACUUGAAAUCUGCUCUACGUUACAGUAAUGAAACUAUGUUUUUCGUUGGAUAAA